UCUUUUUUUUUUUUUUUCUUCCCUUUCUUCCCUUCUUUAAAAUAUUCUCUUCUCUCUCCCAAUUCCUCGCCGAUUUUUAUCUCCUACUGCCAUUCUCAGGAGCAAAAUCGUCAGACCGCCCGAUUUCACUUUCCAAACGCUGCCGAUUAACCUGCCUUACUCUCACUUCCUUCCAAUCUCUACUCAGGUACAACCACAAUUUUCUUCGAUCUCAUUUUUAGUACCCGAGAAAUCGAAUCAAAUGGAUCCCUCUUCCAAUUUCUGUUUGUUUCCAAGAAACCAAUCUGCACAGAUCGGCAGAAAGAAAUUUUAUCUUCCAGAGAUUAAUCUUAUGAUCAAGGAAAAAUUUCAGUGGUGAUAGGGAGUUUUGUUGAAAUUCUUUUUAGGUUCCCAGACGAGUACAACUGAUGUUAUUGGCAUUAGAAGGGGGAGGGUUCUUUUCUUCUUCAGCUUCUGGUUAUAGCAGUAGCUUGUCUCUUCUUCUUUUGGGUCAGAAGAGCGAAGAUAAAUCCAUGAGAGUGUUGCCAUUGUUGGUGGACCGAGACCCUGACGUUAACAUUCAGCUGGCUUCGACAAAGACGUGGAUUUCCUGGAGGUGCGCCUCCCCCUCCUUUCGUCGCUGCUUCCGUCAUAAUCCUGCAGAGCCAACAACUCCGUCUCCUUUGAAGAAACCGGCCACUACCCAGCGCCAAGACAGUUUAAGAACGUCUCCUAUUUCUGAUAAUGGAAAGAAUCAUGUUCCUAGUUCAGAUGAGGAUAAUCUUGCAAGAAAAAUGGUGCUUAAAAGUAGCUUGAAAAAAACAUCAGAUGCUAAUGUAGAUUCUGUUCGUAAUGCUGAUGGAAAUGAAGCAACAGGAGGAAAGGGUAGUUGUGAUUCUAGUCAUGUAGAAAGAAGGAAAGUACAGUGGACAGAUACUUGUGGAAGUCAGCUUGCUGAAGUCAAAGAAUUUGAACCAAGUGAAAUAAAUGCAUCUGAUGAUGAAAAUGAUAUGGGGAAAAGAAGGUGUUUAUGCAGUAUCAUGUAAUUCAUUCAAAACCCAUUUUUACAAUUGGUGACGUUCGCUCAAGAUCCUCAAAGAUAUGCUGACUUGAAUCAAAUCAAACUUGUUGGCUCGAGAAUUUUUCAUGACAGAGGGAAACUGUGUCAGAGAUUUUAGACAUGGAGGAACCAUCGGAGGAAGUUUGUUGGUUCCCAUGUUCUUCAUGGUGAUCAUUUAUUCGUGGUGGUCGUGCUGAUUUUUUCAGUAAGUUUUUCUUUUCUUUUUUUCUUUUUGUAAUUUUCUAUUCACAUGGAUGAGCUUCAAUUUUUAGCAGUUUUUGUUGCUUUUUUACUGUGUAUCGUCACUUAGUUUUUUUUUUUUUUUUUUUUUGUUACUAUUUUACUCUGUUUCUUUCGUGGCUUUUUCUCUCUAUAUGAACAAUUUUUUUGGUAUA